AUGGGUGCACUGAUCGUUCAUAAACCUGAUGAUCAUAUUGACUUUCUUAUGAAAUCUCUUGAAAAAUAUAAAAAUAGUAAACAAUCAUUAGCAUGGAAUUCAUUCAUCGAACGAGAAAAUAAUUUAAACAAUACAUCGGCUCCAAAAACUAAACAACAAUUAAAACGUGAUUCUAUUCCUCAAAAUAAACGAGAAGAAAAACCAAAAAAUCAAGAUCGACCAUCUUCUUCUAAAUCUAAUAAAGAUAUUAAAAAUAUACUUAAAGGAAAGCCUAUUAUUUUUGUUGGUGGUGGACCAGGUAGUGGUAAAAGAACACAAUGUGAACAAAUGGUUACAAAAUAUGGUUUUACACAUUUAUCAGCUGGUGAUUUAAUUCGAGCAGCUGCAAAAGAUUCAUCAACAGAAAAAGGUCGUUAUUUUAAUGAAGCUAUGUCACAAGGAAAACUUAUUUCUACAGAGGAUAUUCUUGGAUUAAUUAAAGAUGCUAUUUAUGAAACCGCUGAUAAAGCAUCGGGUUUUUUAAUUGAUGGAUUUCCUCGUCGAAUUGAACAAGGUAUUCAAUUUGAACAAGAUGUAGCUCCAUGUGAUGUUCUUAUUUAUUUUGAUGUACCUGAUGAAAUAAUGACUAAACGAUUAGUAAAACGUGGUGAAACUAGUGAUCGUAUUGAUGAUAAUGAAGAAACGAUUAAAAAACGUUUAGUAACAUUUCACCAAGAAACACAACCUAUUUUAGGUUAUUAUGGUAAACAAGGAAAAUUAAUUACAAUCAUUGCUAAUCGAAAACCAGAUGAAAUAUUUGAAGAUGUAUCGUAUGAAUUGAAAAAACUAGUAAAAACGCAACCAGUAGUUCCUCCAAGAGAUCCACAAUUAGAUAAAUUAAAAAAUAAGAAAAUUAUUUUUGUUGUCGGUGGACCAGGAUCCGGAAAAGGUACACAAUGUGAAAGAAUCGUACAAAGAUAUGGUUAUACACAUUUGAGUACUGGAGAUCUUCUUCGUGCAGCUGUUGAAUCAAAAACUGAACGUGGUGAACAACUUAAUGCUUUGAUGAAAGAAGGAAAAUUAGUACCAAUGGAAGUUGUACUUGAUUUACUCAAAGAAAAUAUGAUUAAAAAUGCAGAUAAAUCAAAAGGAUUUCUUAUUGAUGGUUAUCCACGUGAAAUUGCACAAGCAAAAAAAUUUGAACAAUUAAUUGCUUCCUGUAAUCUUGUUCUCUAUAUAAAUGCAAGCGAUGCAACAAUGACAAAACGUUUAUUACAUCGUGCACAAACAUCAGGUCGAAUUGAUGAUAAUGAAGAAACAAUUAAAAAACGUAUAAAAACAUUUCAUAAGGAAACAAUACCUGUUUUAGAUUAUUAUGAAAAACAAAAUAAAUUAGAAGAAAUUGAUUCAGAAUUAGAACCAGAUAAUGUUUUUAAUCAAGUUCGAGAAAUAUUAGAUAAACUUACUUAA